UAUGCACUGGCCCCACUGGCAUGACCUCAGGUGACUGCUCACAUGACUUUCUUCUGAUCACAUGUAUGCUGAGAGUUGACUUUGCAUGCGACACAAAGCUGUAGUGUAGGGCCUAACUACGUUUAUAAUUUAUGUUGUGACUUGUCGCUUGUGUCCGGUAUAGCGUUGUUGUUAUUCGAUUGAGCCAAGAGGCAAGACUCUCUAUUACUAUUAUUAGGCCUACAUGUAGGACAACUCGAACUUGCUAAUUUCUGCCAGUAAGACAGUAGCCUGCUUUGGUCUUCAGUUCAAACUAAAAAGACAAGAAAUAGCAUAAAUGGAUGCUCCCGGUGGUGGAUGCUGAGAGUGAGAUUGAGAAUUCGACCCAGUCCCAGAUUAGCCGUGCCCGUGGCUGUGACAGAUUUUUUUUUGACACAUCUGAAUUGAAUCCAACUUCCUUGACUUUGUCGUGACAAAAGUCAGAGUGAGACGCAAAAAAUGGUGCUUCUACACGCAUCAAAAUCUUAUUACAGGUUUGUGGUCCUGUUCUUCAACUGCAUGUUGACAUUUGGAACAUACUUCUGUUUUGACAUGCCCAGUGUGUUACAGGGGGUCUUUCAAGGGAACCUUACAUGCGAGAAUGCAUCGGUACACUGGAAUGCAUCUGACUGUGAAGAAGGAUUAGGAAUGUCCUAUGUACAAUAUAACCUUCUCUAUGCAAUUUAUGCUUGGACUAAUGCUGUGGUUGUUAUUGGAGCUGGAUUCCUCAUUGAUAAAGUUGGAAAUCCUGUUGGUCUAUUCCUAUUCUCUGGUCUAUGUUUGACUGGGUCUUGUAUCUUUGCCCUUGGUGCUAGCUUUAAAGGAUCAUCAGCCAUGUUUCCUGUAAUGCUCUUUGGUCGUCUCCUAUUCGGUUCAGGCAAUGGAUCCCUUACAAUUGUUCAGAAUAGAAUUACUGCUUUCUGGUUCAAGAACAAGGAGUUGGCUUUUGCAUUUGGAAUAACACUGACAUUCUCAAGACUGGGAAGUGUGCUGAAUUUCUUCUUUACCAAGGAGUUUGAAGAUACCAUGGGAUUGAUGUGGACCCUUUGGGGUGGGGCUGUACUUUGCCUGACUGGUUUCAUUGCUGCCAUAGUAACAAGCAUCAUGGAUACCUCAGGAGUUAAACAACUUGGACUGGAAGAUGAAGUGAAAGAGAACUCAAAGAAAGUGAGACUAAGGGAUAUUUUAGAAUUUACUCUACCUUACUGGCUCUUGGUUCUUUCUAUUAUGUUCUUCUACAAUGGUGUUUUCCCUUUUGUAGCUGAUGCAAGUGAUUUUAUCCAGCAGAAAUAUGGUUACUCUACUGAUUCAACUGUACCCGCCUAUCUUGCUGGUGCUGUCUAUGAUGCAUCCCUUCUUCUCUCACCAUUUCUUGGUGUACUUAUAGAUCAGUUUGGUAUGCGAGGUAUCUUAGCUCUCACCUGUGCUAUAGGAACACUACCUGUCUUUGGUCUCCUAGCCUUUACUUCAGUCUUUCCUCUUGUUUCUACAUUAUGGUUAGGGAUCACAUACUCAUUUGCUGCGGCUAGUCUUUGGCCUUCCAUACCAUUGGUGGUUUCUCAGUCAACGGUUGGCACGGCGAUGGGUAUCGCAACCUCAAUCCAAAUGAUUGGUAUCGGUAUAUCUAAUGUUGUUAUUGGUGCAAUCCUUGGUGAUACAAAUUCACAAACAACUAAAGAGACUUUGCAUAAAUGGACCCUAACAAUGAUCUACCUUUUUGCUAAUAUUGGUGCAUGUGUGGUCACUACUAUACUUCUAAAUAUAGUAGACUCAAGAUGGGGGCGUGUUCUGAAUCAGAGCAAGAAACAGCGUCUUGCCAACGCCUGCCAAAGACUUCAAGAGGAAGUUGAUGAUAGGAACUCACAAUACACAGACUACGAAGAUUCUUAUGAGCCUGAUCCUCUCCUGCGCCCAUGUCGAGGAACCAUUAACAGGAACAUAUGAUGCUGUGCAGGGGUCUCUUUGGGAGCUUAUCAUGAAAUAUUUACCACAGUAAUCUCAGUAAUCAAGGAAUUGUUAUCAGAACUUGAAAUGUUGAUGAAACUCUGACUGCUUUGAUCAAGGCUGUCUAGCCCAUUGUUCUCUUUGCAAAAUUGAUGCAUCAAUUAAAAUAAUUUGUUGAUUAUGUCACCCAAUUUUGAUUGAAGUAAUUGCAAUUUGUUUAUCUCUUUACUGAACUUAUUUUAAUGUAGAUCCGUGCAUUAGUUUUACCAUGUAUUUUCUUGUAUAUUAUUCAACCACUUAUAUAUGAUAAUAGUAAUGAUAAUGUAAUAAUGAUAAUAAUAAUAUAAUAAUAAUAAUAAUAAUACAUGUAAUAAUGUUAAUAAUAAUAAUGAUGAUGAUGAUGAUAAUUAUUAUAAUGAUAUUAAUAAUGAUAAAUCUAACAAUAAUUAAAUUUGUAAGGCGCUUAAUGUAGAUGUUUCUAACUAUUUACUGGGUUGUAAAAACAAAAAUGUAAUAUCAAUAAAUAAAAAAAUUACCAAAACUUCAAUUUUAAGUGAAAUGAGGAAUUGAAGCAAAUAUGUGCAUCACCAUAUAGACUAAUCAACCACUAAUACCCAGGCUGACAUUUAUAUCAGUGUUGUCAAUUAGGCUACAAACUUGAAGGCAGUAUAAAAAAAAUUAAGAGGAUUAUGAUUUGAUAAUUAUUUAUAUUAUAGACAAGUAAAGCUUAUCAUUACAUUUACAUAGAACAAGUUGUAAUACACUUCAUAAAUUUGAUAUUGAAAAGUAUUAUAUUUUCAAUAGUUUAGACAUGGAAUGCAGAGAAGCAAUAUUAGUAUUAAAUGUCAUGUUCUUUCCAUUAUUAAUUAUUCUGAAAUGAUAUAUAUGUAUAUUUCCUUUUUCAUACAGUUAUUAUAAGUUUUAAAAUCUUGCCUUAUCCGUCUGUGGGAGCAGGGUUGGUCAAAAGGAGUUCUUUAUGUUGCAUUGGAAGACAUUUUUGGCCAUUGGACAGUAUGCUUAUACAUGUAGUAUAUCAGUAUCAUACAUUUCACUCUUGAAGUAGUGGGUAUUAAGCUACACAAUUUGCUACAAGUACAUUGUAUAUCUUUAUUUUUUUAUACAGUAUAUGAUAUUCUUAGCAUGUAAACACCAGGGUUAAACAACUAAAAUCAAUUUUAAGUGAGAUGAAAUCGAUUUCAAGACAAUUCGAUCAGCAAUUCAAUAAAUUGUUAUAGCGAACAGAAAGUUGAUUGUAAAGAUUGAUCGUAAUAGACCAGUUUGGAGUUAACUCAGGGCAGGUUUCCUAAAAUAGGAUAGGCAAAUUUGAUAUUAUGUAAGCAUGAUAUUAUGUAAGCAUGCCUGACAUAGCAGGAAGCUGAAAUUGCUUAUAUCAGGUGACUAAAAUGGUGUGUCAAUGAACUCUUUAGGAAAGUAUUUAUUACAUUUCUACUUAUAAUGCAUUAUGAUGUUAGUCCUUGUACAUGUUAUUACAUGUACUUGGUCAACUAUUCUUUGCUAAUGGAUUCAUUUUUCCUUACCAGUGGAUCAGAAGGCUAAACCACAAUUCAAUAUAAUCAAGAGAUCAAAGGUGGUGUUUAUCUCAUUGAAUAUUAAAGUACCACCAUGCUAUUACAAGUCUUUUAAUACAGGGCCCAGUAUUAGCCUGUACAAAUAUCAAUAUGAUAUCAGAAUUUAUAUUUUUAUAUUAUUUCAGUGCACUAAUGACUCUGAUUUUCAUACUUUUCUGCAUUACUGUUUUUCUCGUAAGACCAUUAGCAACCAACGACCCCAAAACCAACAAUAAGUCACCAGGAAAGGUUUUAUGUAAAUGGCCAAAAUAGGAGUUUGGUCUUCAAAAAGCAAAAAUUUAAAAAUCAGGUUAUCUGAAAGGGUAAAUUCUUCUUCAUGCUGUUAAAAAAUUCAAGUUGCAAAGUUGAAUAGAAAGCAAGAUAGAAGAGUUUCUUUGAGACAAGUUAUUUUUUUUAGACAGCUUGGAAGUUUCAUUGAGAUUGCACAGUAUCCACAUCUCAUGCUUGAGUGAACUUUAAACAUUGUUUUCUCAUUAUUCUGUGAAGCUUUAACUAAGUUUCUGCUUCCAAUAUUAUUUGUAUAGCUCAGCCACUAUAUAGAUAUACUCUAUUGAGCUGUGAUUACUCUUAUUGCUUAUACUACUUACUAAAACAAAACAAAAACAUUGGUCUACUUAAACGGUUCCCUACACAGAUGUGUCUUCAUUAAUAUUUUGAAAGCAGGUACAGAUUGGGCCAUUCUAAUUCUAAGGGGGAGUUGGUUCCACUACAUGCAAUCAAGUACUUGUUAGGUUAUUUAUCAAUUUUGAAAAGUUAUAUAUCAUUUUAAGCUCAGGAUGUGCCCUUUCAAACUCAAUAAACAUCUAAAAUUCAUUUUAGCUGACUUACUGUUGGUUUUGGUGUGUGCGUGGUCACAUUUAGUUAUGACAGUAGUCUGCAUAUCUAUUAAAAUAUAACUUAUGUUUACAUUAUUUAUCUUAAUUUGUACUUUGUAUAUAAUUAAUGCUAUUAUAGAAUCUUUUGUAAAAAUAAUGAUUUAUCUGGACUGUUGGAACAAAAAAAAAUAAAAAGUAUGGUCUGAAUAGUGGCAUAGAAUUUAGUGAUUUUGGAUAAGUCAAACCAACUCAAAUCUGUAUCAUAAGUUGAUGUUCUCAAGGUUGAAUGAUUGUCUAAGUUGAAUCAAAUUAAGUAUGAUGUCACUCGGCUGUUAAAACUUUGUAUCUCAAAAUUUAGAAGUUUUGAAGGCAGCUAAAAUCUAUAUAUUUUGAGAAAUUGAGCAAUGGUGGUAAUUCAUGUCUGAAAACAUUCUAACUCCUGUUGAAAACUUUUCUAAGCAAAUGAGGUUUGCAUCUUAUGUCAUAAGUCCCGUUACAAGCUUUUUCUGAGCUGUCUUUCAAAUUUUAGAGAAUAUUUUAAAGUUCUGAGGUAUUCAAGGGGAUGUUCACCCCAGUGAUAUGUUGGUCUUAAUUAAUCCAGAAUGAUUAACCUAUUGUUGAAGGUUUGAUGAAAUCCACCAAAUAAUAAGAGAGAUAUGUAUUUUUUAUAUCUUUCAAUUUAUGAUAAUGAUAAUCAUUUUAUAUACUGCAAAUUUGCAAAUUGCCUCUUAGUGGUUACAAGAAAGGAAAUAUGAAGUGAGAAAGUGCACUACAAAAUGUAUCAAAACUAAUAUUACAAUUUACAACUUGAUGUCAUAUGUGAGCAGCUUCCCCAUAUAUCAUGUAAUAUAAUUCCAUAAAUUUUAUUUUAAAUGGAUCGUGAUGAAUGAGAAUAGUUUUAAAGAGGGUAGGGAAUGGUGUGUCUGAUGAUGUAUCACCUCACAGAUUGAAUCACUUUUAUUCAAAAUUACAAUUUGGGGGAAUUUAAAUCCUACAAAAAACAGAGGAUCUGCUUGUUUAGGACAUCACAAAAUAAAAACAUUAAAACUUCUUAACUAUUAUUAAUUUACAGAUAUUCGUCAAAACUUCACCAUUACAUGUAUUCUUUAUUUUUCCUGCUUUUAUCAUUUCUAACUUACCAUCAACAGGUGCUUAAAGUCAAACAUCACCUUAGUCCAACAGAUUUGUAUGGUUCCAAGUGAUUUGACUUAGACAGAUUUAUAUCGUACUGUUUGUUUAUGCAAGUGUCCUGUUACUAUUUUAAUGAUGUUUUUCAUGUUUGUACCUAGCCUAGUAGUCUCCAGUUUAUUCAAUAAUAUUGUAUUUCUUUAUGUAGGCCAUCCAAAGGAAAGAGAAAUGGUGGUCACUGUAGACUAUAGCAGUCAUAUAUUCCUGUCAAAUGGAAAAUAUUUAGUUUGCCAUGCAUAUAAAGACAGUUUUCAUUAUAUUCAUUUUUAUUGUUUUUGAUAUGUAGAAUGAAUAUGAUUGUAUGUAAAAUUUCUUUAUGAUUCCUCAUGUUCACUGGCGUGCAAAUGGGGGGCUUGAGGCCUGCCAUUGCCCCCCAAACGU